AUGGCCGACGCAGACCCAAUGAUAACCUUCACCCAAGACCCUAACAUGGCCCUAAACCUCGACCUCAACAUCCAAGAAAUCCUCCUCGCCGCAUCCACCCACAACAUCCCCCUCCUGCGGCGCCUCAUCCGCGAAAACCAAACGCCCGGGAACCCCGCAAACGUCAAGGACCCCGAGACAGGGUUCUCGCCGCUCCACGCGGCCAUCGCUGCAUGCGAAGAGAGCAACGAGGAGGGCGAGAAGCAGACGAAUGGCGUCGACACAACCAACGCUGGUGAGGAGGGUGGAGCGUCGGCCGGCGUCGUCGAAACAGUCAAGUUCCUGCUCGGGGAGGGCGCGAUCUGGAAUGAUCUGGACUUGAAUGAUGAGACGCCCGGGUGUAUUGCGAGACGGUUGGGGUUGAUGGAGGUUUAUGAUAUGAUUGUGGAUGCGGGGGUUCGGGCGGAGUUGUUGUUGGGAAGGUUGGAGGAGGGGUGGGAGGCUUUGGGGGAUGAUGACGAUGAAGAUGAAGAGGAGGGAGAGCAGGAGGAGGGCACGGAGCAGCAAGAAGAAGAAGAAGUUGUUACUGCUGAAGCUCCUGCUAACGCUGCUGAACCUACCACCUCCACCGAAGAGAGCGCAGUAGUAGAAGGCCCCUCCGUCACCCAACCACGCUACCUCGACUCAAACCUAACAUUCACGAACGAUCGACUCCUCGACAGUGACCAAAACGGCGUCAUGAUGUCGUGGGAAUCCACCAUCAUGGAGAAAUCCGCGGCGAAGCUGCUCCCCACCCCCGGACUGCGGGUCAUGAACAUCGGACAUGGGAUGGGCAUCGUCGAUACGUUCCUGCAGUCACAUGGACCCAGUGAGCACCAUAUCGUGGAGGCGCACCCGGAGGUGGUGGCGGAGAUGAAGCGUAAGGGGUGGGAUCAGAAGCCCGGGGUGCGGAUCCAUGAGGGCCGGUGGCAGGAUGUGUUGCCUGCGUUGGUGGGCGAGGGGGUAGUGGUUGAUGCGAUCUACUAUGAUACGUUUGCCGAGUCGUAUAGUGAUUUCCGGGAGUUCUUUUCGGAGCAGGUGAUUGGGAUUUUGGAGCAGGAUGGCGAAAAUGGGAGCGGGCGCUGGGGAUUCUUUAAUGGGAUGGGGGCCGAUAGGCAGAUUAGUUAUGAUGUUUACCAGAAGGUGGUGGAGAUGGAUUUGUUUGAGGCCGGGUUUGAUGUUGAGUGGGAGGAGUUGGAGGUGCCGGCGUUGGAGGGUGAGUGGGAGGGUGUGAGGAGGCCGUAUUGGAGGAUUGAGAAGUAUCGGUUGCCCGUGUGUAAGUUUAUGGAUUGA